ACCGGCCCACGCCUUAGUCUCAUCCUCUACACAAUGUCCGAAGAACCGCAAAGCCUACGAAGGCUUUUCUCGAAAGCUGAGAGGGCGCGCGAAGAGCUGUCCUCUUCGUACGAGACAAACAGUCCCACUUACCAGGAAAACCUUAGCGCAACCAUCGCCACCUACGAAGAAUGUCUGAAGAUCUCAGAGCAGGUUUCACUCUUCAGUCCAAAUGAGACUCUGGAAGAUAUUUCGUCGUCAGACCUACAAUACAUGGCGAUAAACUAUCAUUUGGCGGAAUUGGGGCAAAGGAUUUUCAACAACGACAUAUCUGCACGCAAGCAGAAUUUACUACGUGCUCGUGGACAUUAUGAGCGAUAUCUGAAGCUCUUGGAUGCCUACGAAGUGCUUGGCAAAGCAGAUGCGAGGCUUUUUGAGGUUUAUACCGAAGACAAGGACAACUUCUCAACGGCCAGCACAAAAGAUGCUGCCGCGAGACGAGAUACAAAGAUUGCCCGUUUCAGAGAGGAAAAACAGUUGAGACAAAAACUAGAGUAUCUACGACAGAAUCCCAAGCUUGCAGAACAGGACGAACAAGUGGUACGAGAUCUACAUCUAACCAACUUGGCAUUCAUGGUACACCAGACGUUUGCUUCGCUGGAGUCAAUGGCCCAGGAGCUGCACAUCAUUUCGCUAGCACCACCUGCACCACCCCAAGGACAGCAAGCACAAAGCCCAGAUGCCCGACAAGAUAGCAGAGACAAGGACGGCUAUUCUGAACGUCUCGAUGGUCAGUAUGCUGGAUUGAGAUACUCGGGGCCCAUCCUCAGCAGCGACGGUAAGCCCAUGCGGCCCUUUACGCUACUGGACAGUCGCCAGACCUUGAAGAAGAACGUGUUCCGCCCAGAUCAUAGUCUGCCAACCAUGACUAUCGAUGAAUAUCUGGAGGAGGAGAAGCGAAGGGGCGGCAUGAUUGAGGGAGGCGGACCGCAGUCUGAGGUUCAGCCCGAACCCAACGAGGACGAUCUUGUCGCCGCGGACGAAGAAACGAUGAAGCAGCGUGCGUGGGACGAAUAUGUGGAGGCAAACCCCAAGGGCUCAGGUAAUACCCUGAAUAGAGGAUAAGUACGAUUCGUGCAUGAUAGCGAAUACCCCAAUAGUUGGAUACAAAAUCAUCUCAAUCCACUGUUCUACUACCAUACGUGCUCGUCGCUCAUGUAUCGACGACAGCACCAAAUCGACUAUAGGUUUUCAGGCGCCAACUCAGGCCACUUACUCGUGACCAGCUCAAAUAAGCUUUUUGAAAGUACCCCAUACCCCUUGACAUUUAAAUGCAGCCCAUCCGUGAACCAGCCUUUUGGAAAGUUCUUCGACCCCAACAGUCCACACCCUGGCGGCAUAUCUUCGUUGUACUCUUCCCCCUCCUCCUCCAACAUAGCAUCGACAAUAUCCUUCCAAAAGUUUAACCCCACCACUCUGCCCGUCUCCGUAUACUCCUCUGCAAUUUGCAUGAUGCCCUCAGCAUAUCUCUUCUUGUUCAUGUACGUCCUGAACCUUGCAGCCCCUCUUCUGAACUCGUUCAUGUACUCUAUAUUCUCCGCCGUACUAUCGUCUUUCUUUUCCACAACUGUGCUAUUUAUGGGAGGGGGCGUAAUCAAGACGAUCUUCGUAUCCUCCAUGGCUCGUUCCGUGAGUAUGGUGUCGAGGAAGUUGCGGAUGUUGGCUGA